AUGGACCGCGACAAGCUGCUAGUAUCAUCACAGGACCCUUUAAUGGAAUCUGACGAGAGCUCGCAGGAGGUACUGUGGAUUAAUUGGAUUCAAGAUGAAGUCCGGAGACGAACUGGAUACUGUAUCUGGCUUCUGGAUUGUACAAUUGCAUAUUACUUCGAUGACCGGCCAACCCUGUCACUUGACGAUGGACAAGCGCCUCUGCCUACCCAUGAGAGUUUGUGGCAGGCGAACACUGCAGAGAGUUGGAAGCAAUUGUGGGAGAAUUCACCCGUGAACGAAUCUCUGUACGAUGCCGUACACAUACUAUAUAUUGAGAAGAAGCUUGUCACGGGAAUCGGAGAGUUCGGCCACAUUCUGCUCAUCCACGCCCUCUAUCAUCGAAUGUGGGAAGUCGGGGACUAUUCCCGCCGCCCCUUGUCUUUUUGGAACCCAACGGCCAAAAACCAAUCUCGCGAGGCUACCAUCCACACGGGCUCCGUGUGGCUUCCUGGCAUUCCGUCCUAUUCCAAGUGGCGGAAUAGCGCGUGCGAUUGCCUGGAUAUUCUCCACUGGAUCGCCAAUAGCACCGGAGCCAAAGCGGCAGGGUUUGAGCAUCCAACAGUUCUCCAUCUCCAUGCUGCACGGCUUAUCCUCUUCGUCCCGUUUCGCGAAAUCCGCUCGUUGGCGACAUCCCUGGCCACGGGGAAGCUGCGCUGGAGUAAGCUCCACCAGUCGAUCGAAUGGCAAUAUAUCUGGCGCUGGACCAAGCACGACCAGUACAAAGCCCGUCUCUCGAUUAUCCAUGCUGGCACAACCCUCUGGCAUGUGCGGCACUACUCGACGAAUGCAUUUUAUGAACCUGUCGCCGUCUUUCUGGCGGUUUUGACGCUCUGGGCAUAUGGGUCUUGCCAAUCUCACGCGCCCAAUGAAUCUGGAACGCAUAUCGCACAGCGGGAGGCAUUGCCUGAACCGAGCUUCGUUCAUCUCGACCGCCCAUGUGAUGACGAGCUUGUGCAGCUUUUUGUUCAGGAAGGCCAUGCCAUGAGGGGGAAUGUCACUGGAGUCGGGGACAUCAGUGCACGUGAGGGUCCAAAGAAGAUCCUAAAGAUUGGAUGCGAGACACUUUCGAGCUUGACGGCUUGGGGCAUCUCGAAGAGAUUCAUUGCGAUUCUGACCCGUCUGGCUGAUUUGGAGCACGAGGGUUUAUUGUCUCGAUGUUGA